AUGACAACAACCCCACCAGACCUCAACCUAGGCCCCUUAACAACAGCCUUCGCAGCACCCCCACCCUGCUCCAGCAUAACCGUCGAAGCAAUCUCAAACACCUCCUAUCUCCCCUGGAUCUACCCACGACGCUUCCUCUCCCUCGCCUCAACCUGUUUCCCAUCCGGCUACCCGCUCGGCACCGCCGCCCUGACAACCACCUACGGCGCCUAUGGCUUCCACGACGAACACGUCUUCUUCUCCCCGGGCCUCUGUCCCAGCGGCUGGUCCAACAACACCGUUCCUACAACUUCUUCUUCUUCUUCUGGGGGCGAACUCACGGCUUUUUGCUGCGAACCCGGGUUCAGUGCCGCGACGACGAAUGCGGUAGAUGGGGGCAGUAGUUCGACGUUCUGCGCCAGUAAGGUGGGUGUUACGACUGUGACGACGGUUCCGUAUACAGGUGAUGGGGUACAGGAUGGAGGGACGAAGACGUUUACUUUUAGUGGGGAUCUUAUCGCGGCGCCGGCUGUUUGGGUUAGGUGGCAUGAGGGGGAUUUUGCUGCUUCGACUACGGCUACGACGACAGGGUCCAGAAGUGGUGGAGGCAGUUCAUCGACGGCUACUCCUUCUAAGACGAGCAUGGCGCCAGCUUCUACUUCCUCUACUCCUGCUGCAGCAACGGGCGGAAUGACCUCAAAAGCGAAGAUAGGGGUAGGGAUUGGUGUUCCGCUCGCGGCUUUGAUUCUUUUAUCAGCACUUCUUUUCUUUUUCUUGAGGAGGAGGGAGAGGAGGAGGAUAAGGAAGGGUGAUAUCAGUGCGCCGUAUAGGGCGGAAGGUGGGUAUAUAGAGAAGCCUCUGAGGGGUGCGCCGUAUAGGCCGGCUGUUGAUGAGGCAGAGGAAGAGGACCUGGGGAUGAGGGGCGGCUUGAGGAGUGUUAGUGGCGUCGGAGAUAGCGAGAUAGGUGGAACAGAGGUGGGGGAUGAGGAUGGAGGACGAGUUUUGAGUGAGAGGGGACCGAGGAUGGCUAGUGUGCCGGCGGAAUAA